UGGAGACGGUGUGCCUCACUCUGAAUGCUGCAUGUUGCUUUUUCUUUCAGAGUCAGCGCUGCCAUGUUCAGUUAGAUCUCGCCGACUUCUUUUCUGUCCGCCUGCUUUUAUUCUUGUAACUCAUUGUGUGACUUUUUUGCUGCUUUGGAGAAAAAAGUCAUCUCUGGGGUGAAGGAUAAUUGGAUGCUUGUGCCCGCAAACACACUUUGAUCUACAUGCUGGAAGAUGGUAAACAUGACUCUCCAGCAUGAUGAUGAAUUCUCCGGUAGUUGAACUAGACUGAGACGCCGUCUGCCGACAUUUACGGAAAUGAACACCUCGCAUCAUAAUGGACUGCAUCACUCUUUGCGGAACCACAGCCAGGGAGCUUUACCGGUCGGUAAGUCUGCUCAGGGUGAAAGGGGAUCUGCGUCUGGAUCCUGCAAGCAGCUGCUCAUCUCCACCGAGGUCUUCCUCACACUUGGGCUUGUCAGCCUCCUGGAGAACAUUUUGGUGAUCGCGGCCAUCGUGAAGAACAAGAACCUUCAUUCUCCCAUGUAUUUCUUCAUCUGCAGUCUGGCUGUGGCCGACCUGUUGGUCAGCGUCUCCAACGCCUCUGAGACGGUGGUCAUGGCACUCAUCACGGGGGGCAACCUGACCAACAGCGAACGUAUCAUCAAGAACAUGGACAACGUUUUCGAUUCCAUGAUCUGCAGCUCCCUGUUGGCAUCCAUUUGGAGUUUGCUAGCCAUCGCUGUGGACCGUUACAUCACCAUCUUCUAUGCCUUACGAUACCACAACAUCAUGACCCAGCGGCGGGCGGGCAUCAUCAUAACCUGCAUUUGGACCUUCUGCACUGUCUCCGGCGUGCUCUUUAUCGUGUACUCGGAAAGCACCACCGUUCUCAUCUGCCUUAUCAGCAUGUUCUUCACCAUGCUGGCUCUCAUGGCCACGCUCUACGUCCACAUGUUUCUCCUCGCCCGGCUGCACAUGAAGCGCAUCGCCGCCCUCCUUGGCAACGGCCCUGUCUGCCAGGCAGCAAAUAUGAAGGGGGCCAUCACAAUAACCAUCCUUCUCGGGGUGUUUGUCGUGUGUUGGGCUCCUUUCUUCUUGCAUCUCAUCCUCAUGAUCUCCUGCCCUCACAACCCCUACUGUGUCUGCUUCAUGUCGCACUUCAACAUGUACCUAAUUCUCAUCAUGUGCAACUCGGUCAUUGACCCUCUUAUAUAUGCUUUCAGGAGCCAGGAAAUGAGAAAGACCUUCAAAGAGAUCUUCUGCUGCUGGUAUGGACUAACUUCUCUGUGUGAAUAAACUGGUACUGUCAUACAAAGACAAAAUGUGGUAAAUACAGUCAACACGUCUAUACUUUGACUCAACUAUGCUCAGAUUAUAAAACGAUUUAAAUGUUGCUAGUUAUUGUGUUUUACCUUCGUACAGGUUUGUCAAAAAUGGUUUAGGGGACUUUGGUUUAAAGCGGAUUGUCAGUACGUUUUUAAGCACCUAGCAACCGUAUGAACAUUGCUGAGCAUGUAGGAGAUCUGAUGACGGCACAUGGCUCAUUGUGUGAUAAUUCUGCGCACCA